UGUGUGUGUGUGUGUGUGUGUGUGUGUGUGUGUGUGUGUGUGUGUGUGUGUGUGUGUGUGUGUUGAUUUCGCGCUGGGUAGUUGAAUCGUUUGCGUUGGUUCAGGAAUGAGACCGUGCACCAUGUACCAGUAAGAUGUACCAGCACCAUUAACUGUUAAUGUAGCUACGACGGUGGGAAAUGAAUUCAAAUACAUGUUGACGGGGUGAAAAGCAGAAAGCGUGCACAGACAUGGCCCCCAGUGCCUCCUUUAUUUUGUUGUUGUUGUUGUUAAAUGGAAUAGUAGAAAUUUCCACCUCUGCUGAUCAAUCACUUUCUGUAAACUGUCAUAAGUAGCAGCUCAAGACAAUGAUUGUGAAGAUCAAUCUCUUAUUUGUUUACUCAUGUCCAGCGAUACUUUGCAUUAAACAACUUGCCCUGCACCUUGUUAAGUGAUGGCUGUGUGACUGUUAUCUGUUGGCACCGCUUUUUCCUGAUUAUUAUAAUGCAAAAAAUCAUGUUUUUGGGUUCUGCUGUGAAGCGGCGUCACACUCAGCCCUGGAAUGACCCAAGCUGAUUUAUCCUGAGUAGCAGUUGAUCUGCUGUGCUUCACUACGUUACUCUGCUGUGGUCUGCUGCGGCCUAGAAUGCUGACUGAGCCCGUUUUCUUUCUCGUGGACAUGAUGUCGUAAGCAACAGCCAUAUGUUUGAGAUCGGCAUGUCUGUUCCCUGCAAAGCAGCUGGAGAGGGCUUCCACUGGACAAACUUGGACAUCAACGGCUCUCUAUCCCUUGGCACAAGGGGCUCGCAUCCCGCCAUACCCCGCCAUACUUGCUAUGCAAGAGGUGUGAUGUUCCUCAGUCCCCAAUUCACGGAGCAGAGCGUAUAUUGGAGGGGAUUUAAAAUCCAUUAUGGUUUAGUGCUCCCCAGGAAAAUAGUUGAACAGAACAUAGCUACAGCUGGCGUUAGGACAGUUCGCCUUCGGGAACACCCUAAGCAGCAUACGCAUUGCCACUUCACUGAUCAUUUUGCAUGCAUUUGUGUUCUACACAAAUAUAUUAUAUAAGCUACCAAUCACAUCUCCCAAUUCUCUUAUAGAGUUUUCCUGUGAUCUGCUGAAUGAUAUCUUAUGUUCGUAGCAAUCCCGCUGUUCUUUUAUAUUUUCUAUAGGGGUGGUAUGAGCCAGGUCUCUGCAGUGGUGAACUUGCAUUUCACACUCUGGGACAUUUCGUGUAAUUUGGUGCAACACAUCUGUAAACACAUAAUAUAGAGAAUGCAUUGAAUAGUUGGUAACAAAGUCAUUAUUUAAUGCUGCUGGAAUCCUGUGACAGAUGGGAAACGCUCAUGCAGAGAACGGUCUUUGUAGUUAUUUUCACCCCUGCUCUCUUGACUUGAUGCUGCUGUAAAUCCCCCUUUUCUCUCUCUGCCGCUUCCUCUCUCCGAAGCCCUGUAGCAUCUCUGAUGUGGAAACAGUGGGAAGCGAGAUGCGGAAAUUUAUGAGAUGCUUAAAAAAAGCAGGAAAAAAAAUGAAGGGAUUUAUCUUGCAUUUUCCUGUGUAUUUAAAAAAGUUUUAUCAUGUCUAUGUCUGUCUGUAGUUUACAUUUAAAAUACGGUUCACAAAAAGAUAUGAGGUAAUGUUCUUUCGGUUUCUUUCCAUUAUGUAGCUCUUUUAAUUUUAAAACAACCUAACAAAAAGCACACCCCUUAUAUUUCAGGCCUUUCCUUCCCUGCCUGUUAAUUGAGGUGAUACGGAACAAAACGUCAGCCGAAGCAUUUUCUCUAUUAAAGAAACCUCCAAAGACCAACAAAACACAUUCUUUAUUGAUGCAUUGGAAUUAGGAACUACUGUAAUUUCCCCUAGGACAUUGAAAGAGCAGGAAUUGCCUAAAAUAUAAUUUGUAUUGGAAGCUUUUGUCUGGGUUUCUGCUUUUGGGAGAUCUGGACAGUACCCAUAGAAGUGAUAUAGCACGUUGUUUCUGCUUUCCUGAUCAUAUCAUCGUAGUGAAUUGCUGUGCAUCAAGCAGUAACUGGUAUGCAGAACGUAUUAUACCUUUGACCUCUGCACUGAAUCAGAUUACUUUAACUGCUAUUUGUUGUCCAUCAACAUAAUACUAUAAUAGCCGUGCUGAAUAGCUUAUUCACUGCAAGUUAGUUUAAUUACAGCGUCGCUAAGAACAAUACCGUGUUAAAUAAAACUAGAUCAGCAUUUAAUAAACGGCUCAUUUUCAAAGCAUGUUUUAUUAGUCUUUUGGGCUCCACGAUGAGAAGUAGCUGUUAUUCUGGACGGGUGCAAGAUUUCCCCUCAAGACACGCAUGCUCUACGCUGACCUUUCCGCCUCCUCUUAGUGUCGCUGCAGUCACAUGCCCGCCCAUCACAUGCCAGCACGCCAGUGGCUGUCCUUGCUUGCAUUGUUGAAGUGAGCAUAGUGUUCAGGUGUGAAGCCUCCCCUCCGCCCCCACCAUGGCACCCAGCCACCCCGCUGGGCUCCGCACAGAACAGCUUCUGGCCGCCUCUGCGAUGGUCUGGAGAUGUGAUUUUGAUGCACUGCACAGUUUGUGUUUGUCAUGACGCAUUAGCUUCCAAAGGUUGCCAAGUUCACAGAUAACAGUGAUGCGUGGGAAUUUUGUGGAGGGCAUGUAAAUAUAUGACCGUUUGACCUAAAUAACACGAGGUAUUUGUGUUGCAUCGCCCUUGUUGGGUUUGCGUGAGUGUAACAAAAUAACUUUUCAAGAUAGUCCUUUAAACCAGUAGUAGUCAAGAAAUAAGUCAGGAAAAUGUUCCUUUCCAGCCGUGCCUGAAUCAACAUUUAGCAGGAAGGUGGGUCUGCUCAGUGAUCUUUACAAACCGUCCCCUCCCACUCCGCUUCACCUCCAGCGCAGAGUCGCUGAAUUCACCGAGCCAACGGCCUCUGUUCCCUCUGCGUUGUAAUCAAUGCCUUCCUCCACUGUUAUGCACUGGAGAUAUUGAUGUCUUCACACCGGCUGCACUGGGACAGCUGCCAAGCCGUUUGAGACUCUUGUUCCAAGGUGACUUCUCUUUGUCGGCUAUUGGCUGAGCUCGAACGGUCAUAGUGCUCAGUUUAUGUUUGAGGUUUCACAACCUCGAUGGCAGAUACAGUGAAAAACACGACAAUACGGUAGGAAGUACAUUGAAUAUAUCAAAAUGGACAAACAAAGCUUUUUCUUGCUGCGCUGUGCGCCCAGAGAGUUUGGGCUAGUUUUGCAUAUUUUGACUCAUACUAUAUAUUUUUUAAUUGAUGAUUGAUUUUCAGGCAGCCAUUGGUUUCAAUUAAAUUCAUAAUUCCGUCAAGUAGAAACUUCGGUAAACCAUCAAUGAAAAGUCAGCCAUGUUAUUAACAUUCAGGAAUCACAAAAUGUUUACAGAAAUCCAAAUGCUGUAGAAUGAAUGUUGUGACAUUCGUGUCAGUUUAGAUGUUGGAGGAUCGUUUAGUAAACCUUUAGAGAGCCGGUAAAAAGGCAAAAAUCCCCAAAAUUGAUCAUUAUAAUAUAUCAUUCUUCUCGGUCUGCCGUGAUGAGGAGCAAUCAUUUAGUAUUCACGGUUUGCUAUUUAAGUUGAUAUAUUAGUAUUUCUAUUUUUGUACAAUACCAAUUACCAUAUUUACUGUGGCUUGAGACUUCAUCUUCUGCCAUUAGAAAUGUAAAUCAGCUUCUUAUUACUUGCCAGGUAAUUGUGCCGUUGUUGAGGGUGCCAGUAAACACUGCAAACAAGGACUUUCACACCAUGUUUGUGUUUUUAUUCAUCAACAUUAAGCAUAGUCCCAGUAGAUAUUGUCAAACUUCACUAUGAAACAAACCACACUAACAUACAACCUUGCACUUCACUGUCUUUGCUGAAGAAGUAUACCGAUUUAAAGGUGACACAAGUCCACGCUGAUGCUGCUCUGGUUGUGGUCAUGUGCGAAUGUGUCUGUGUACCGCAGUGCUCCUCCCAAUGCCGGAGCCUCGGAGCUGGAGGUGAUCUCCAUGCAGGUGGAGGAGGACAAGCAGUGCGCGGCCCCCGUCCAGCUGGUCAGCUUUGCCUACAGAGACUUGCCGCUGGCCGCCCUGGACGUUUCCCUCGCUGGAUCCCAGCUCAUCUCCAACCCAGACGAAGAGGACAACAGAGACGGUUUGAGAUCCGGCAGCUGAGAGCCCACCUGGCCCAGCAGGACCUGGAUCUGGUAGCGGAGCGGGAAGCAGCCAUGCAAAUCCACCACAUGUGGGGCAAACAGAGCAGUUUCCAGGAGGUGGACGGGUUGGCCUCCGGGACCUCCGACCACCACGGCCCAGUCAAUGCAAGAAAGCCCGGGGGGGCUGCAGUUCACCACGGUCAGGAUGACAUGAACAAAUACAUCAGCCAGUACUACAGUGAGCCGAGCAGCGGUGAGCAUGGACGCCGUCCCCCUUUCCCACGGCGCGCUUCCAUAGUCUCACAGCACUGUGCUUUGCUCUUGUAGACAUGGGGAUCUGAGACCCCGCGCAAGUCCUCAUCACCACAGCGGCCAUAGACGUGCACCUGCCCAACAACUCCAGCCAGCUUCCCUCCUCUCUGGUGAGCGCGGACGCAGUGUCGUGCGGUCGCCUGUGGCGCACCGGCAGCUCCGCCAGCGAGGCGUCCGCCGCGCCGGCGUCCCGCAGCAGCUUCAGCGUCCGGCAGCACAGCAUCAGCAGCCACACGCUGGGCUCACCACGGAAGGCAGCUCUACGGUGCGCGAGGCCUCCACCUCCACGGACUACAGCGACCAGCAGUGCUACCCGCUGCCGUACAGCAGCACGCUGGCGCUGGGCAGCGCUCAGGCCCAGCGGGGGGGCCCCUGCGCUGUGAUGCAGGAGCUGCUGUCGAGCCCGGCGGGUUCGGCCAAGGCCAGCACCGGGUGAACAUCUUUAACAAGAGGAACCAGGAGAGCAGGGUCGGGCUGCACUCCAAGCCGCUCAUCCACCUGCAGGGCGAAGAGCCCUCCUGGAGGAGAAGUACAGGAUGAUGGAGCCGGUCGACGUCCCGGUCAACCGGCUGGCAGAGACGUAGAAGACGUGGACGUCCCAGGACUGUUGUCGGGAACCGCCGGCACAUAAACGCGAGAGGAUGAGCACAAACGCAGACUUGAGAAAGCUAAUUUGUUAUCAGGAAUUGACACUUUUUCUGAAACAUUUUACCAAAAGAAACUAAACUCACAAUAACGGUCCUUCUCGAUGGGACUGCUGCAGGGUACAUUGGAUCAGUCGCAACUUAUUUCCAAUCUUUCUCUUUCUAUAUAAGCAAUGUUACAUUUUGUAUCUGUAGAGUGUGGCAGACUUUUUAUCGAGGUGUAAUUACUGGAAUGGUUUAAGAUUUUUGCUAAACUUACUAAAUGAUGUCCCACGCAUACUGAAUUUAUUGGAGUGGGUUUAACUAAAAUGUUAAAGUAAAUGAACAUUCAAGAUUUUGAUCUAAUACAUAUUUUUCCUAGUAUAGUGCGAACUUUGAGAGGUGUAAAGAGCAACAUACAACCAACCAGGUUAGAGACCAGUCAGGCCUUCACAGAGAUGCCUGAAAA